AUGAGACGACUCUUUCUUGAACUAUAUCAUAAACAGAUCUUCCCCUCCACACCAAUCACGAGUUUUUCUCCAUUCCUCUCGUAUAUCGUCGUAACGCCCUUAAUGCUAGGUUUUGAAAAAGACUUUUCAUGUCAUUCCCAUUUAGGUCCGAUUCGGAUCCCUCUGUUGUUUCCUUUUCCUCCUGCACCUUUUCCUCGAAAUGAGAAAGAAGAUGGUACACUCGAAUUGUAUUAUUUAAGUGCUUAUUGCUUGCCAAAGAUCCUACUUCUACAAUUGGGAGGUCACCGGGUUAUUAAAAUAAGUCGUGUUUUCUGUGGUUUUCCCAUGUUACAACUUUUGUACCAAUUCGGUCGAUCCGGAAUGGAUCGGUUAAACAUUCUAUUAGGGAGCCUGGUCUUGACUCUUCUGUGUGGUAUUCAUUCUCGUUCGGCUCUUGGAAUCACAUCCAGCAGUGGUUGUAACAGCUCGCAAAAUCCAACCACUUUACCUACUUCAUUGCCCCCAACCCUUUCUUGUACCUCUAUUGAAACAGAAAGGUUUCAUGUUCUUUCAUCGAUUGGUUAUUCCUCUCCGUUCGUAUCUCUUUUUCCAAUUUCGGUCUCGAUUAGUUUACAAGAUUGA